AUGCCGGAAGACGAUAGUGUUUUACUGUUGGAGCCACCUAUACAGUGCUCCAUCUAUUCUUCAGAUCUUGAUCUGAUAAACACGAAUAUAUCUCUAAACGUACACCCGAAGACUAAAAUAUAUCGGCUGCUUCAAUACGUGCAUUUCCAAGUUUCAAAAAAUCAAGGGUAUGGUACUACUGACCCACUUAGCGAUGUGUCCGGAGAGUCCAAGCAGGAUCUGGAUUCUGUGAGAAAGUUUUAUUUGAAGUAUAAAGACAAAAUAUGUGGGUUAGAUACAAAAUUGGAGGAUGUGGACCCACUCAAAGAGUCGCGGGCGUCUCUGGAGUUCUGUUUUGAGAGGGACACCACUGCAAAUUUAGUACCGGAGCAUAAUCUAGAUUACGAUAGGGAUCUUGAGUUCAAUUCCGUGAACGUUAUAUUUGAAGUGAACAUGCUCUCGACAAAGGGGCCCGUCCACAUGUCUCAAAAAGUGAAUUUCCCAUUAAGUAUUCGUUGCUCUAAAUUGCAGAAACAAGUGUUGGACACGGUCAAAUCUGAAGAACAAACCGGUGAAUUUUGUAGGAUACAGGGGGGUCACACCAUAAACGAUUUUGUAGCGUUUAAAGUGAAGGGUGCCGAUCGGUCGACAGACCUCGUGGGUGAUUGUGCCGAUGUGUUUCUGGAUUCAGCUUUGGAGGAACAACUAGACAUCAAUCUACUGCCUACGAGGCACAGCACUGUUGUCGUGAUGUUCUACAUAUUGCAUCAGUUGAUACCAUUCGACUCUAACACACAUUACGCUUCCCUCGAGCUCAUCUCUGAUGCCAAGUUUUUCACCAACACGAUGCAUGUCACGAAAUCCACAACUGUUUUGGAUGUUAAAAGAUACAUCAGCCAAACCUGUAAUACGUAUGCCUUGAAUGUUCCCCUCGAUGAAAUCAAGUUGGUUUAUAAGGGGCAAAAAGUGCACGAGAAAAACUACGCUGGUCAAGAUGCGCUGAUAACAGACUACACUCGGGACGAUUUGAGUGCCGCUGUUCACGUUCAAUUAAUGUGCACAAGCGGCACUAAGAUUGAUACGUUUUGGGUCGAAUCGUUGAUACGUGAAAAGGAAGCCUUGCAUCCUUGUAUGCCACUUGAGCAGACCUCUAGUUCUGUAGACGUACCAGCGACGUCGGAUAGUAAUGCUAAGCCGCCCCAGGAGGCUCAUACUUCAGAAGUUGAUGAUGAAUCCAUAAAUUCCGUUCCACAGACACCGGAGGGUGAUACGGUAGAAACUCUUACGACGAUAGACCCUACCAUUGUACAUUACAUCAAGUGUCUUACUCCAGAUGGGACAGAGGUGUUUUUGGAGGCCAAUCGUUCAGAGGCAUUGAACGUUACGUUAGAGGUGGAGGGAUUCAAAUUCUCGUUAUCUUCGUACCAAUACACUAUUACUGACAAGUAUGUGGAGAUUGACGAUUCGAUACUAAGAGCCGUGGAGGGGAAACUCGGAAUGGAUAUUGAAGAGGACCGAACAGCUGAUGUGGUCCAGGGGGGAGGAGAUCAAGUACAAACGUGGGACGUUACCAUGUUACGCCAUUUAAGAACGGCGGUAUUCUUCUGUAUACUUGUUGGGAAAACGGUUUGGAUGGUAUUCAGUGGCACUUUUUUUCUUUUCAUCUUUCUGUUUGAGCUUUCUAUCUUUGUGCCCUUGAAAUAUCUUUGCAUCUUAGCGUUUUGCUUUGGUAUAAGGAAUAUUAUGUCGCGACCAGAGAUAUAUACGCAAUGGGUAGAUUUUUUCCAUUUGGACGCUAUCAGUAAGAGGACGCUUACGAGUCUGAAACAGUUUUUGGAUAGGCGGGACAUGCCCAAGUAUUUCUACAAAUCCGUUGCGGAGAACGAUGAGUACAUUAACGUGUUUUCCAUACCGCCACUGAGGACAUGUAGACUGGAUCUGUAUUGGGAUGCUGGGAUCAAUUGUGCCAAUGGUCGUGUUAGCGCUGACUGCUUGCAAGAGUUAUUCGGGAAGGUCGCGAAUGGUGAGUUCCCAGCUUCAUCUAUGACGGUACUUUUGAGAAAGCUGAUGGAAGUUUACGAGACCCAGCCCAGGAUUUUUCAAGAGGAUGCCGCACUCAGGAAAUCCACGAACGGGAUAUUCGAAUUGAUAAGGGACGAGCAAGAGUACAGGUCCAGACCCGGGCUGCCCCUGUACAAGAGGGUAUUCCAGAGUGUAUUACGCAAUGUCAGGAAUCUUGCACCCUCUUACAUGCUUCAAAAGUUGCUGGAAAAAGUCGUGCCAGAUCCAGAACAUGAUUACUACAUCGUGGGUGCACUCAAGAACAUGACACUGUUCCUGCUGCUACUCGUUCCAGGCCUCAACACGUUUGUCGACAAAGUGGUUGAGGAGUACACAGAGAGGAGGAAACAGAGAGAGAGGGAGAUGGCGGCGGCGACAGCGGCUGCAGCAACGGCGGCUGCAGAGAGCACUGCAAGGGCCCGUAGCGAAGAACCAGCAGAGGCAGACUCUGCAGACUCGCCCAUUGAGCGUCUUCCGACAACGACAGGCUACGGGGCGAUGACAACGGGUGCGAAUGUAAACGUAGGCGGCAGCCAAGACGAACAAGAGUAA